AGCGCAAUAUUAAUCCUAUUCAAUAACCUCGGGAGCGUCAUCCCACAAUCCAGGUGGUUUCAUCUUCAUUAUCAUUCGUCGUGGUAGGUCCCACGAUCACCCUGAAAUCCAUCAAGACACUCCCCAUCUUCCUCAUUCUCCGCAUCCUGUGUUUCGCGUCGAAGUCUAGGAAGACCGCUUGGUGCUCUUCUUCCUCAUCUCGUCCAUCGUUCCCUCAGUCACCACAGGUUUUACUGUUCCAACCUCCCCAUUGCGCCACCGUAUACUAGGCUUUUCUGCCCUCUUCGCAGUAUGCGCCCUACUGAUGGAUAUGAGCACCGUCUGCAGGGACGAACAACACCCCUACUGUACCGUCACUUUUUACACAUCCGAGUCGUCAUCAGUCCCUUCAAUCACAUCUCUCCUCAUCGCCUUCCUUGUUGCGAUCAGAGGUCCCCGUGUUGUCUGCCGCAUGCUCAAAAUCUACAAAUCGGACUCGGGUCUCGCUGCAACACAGAUUCCUCCGUUUCUCGCACCGUCUUUGAUCGCUGUCACCAUGCUCUGGAUGCUCGAAUGGGCAGACUCUGCGCGAGUCCUGGAGGAUACGGGUGAUGGCUUGAAGGUGACGAGGACGGUCUUGGCGAGGACUAGUGCUGCUGUUGUGUUGAUUUGUGGGGUUUCGGCGUGUUGGACGUCGGAAAAGCCAAAGCUAAUCGAGACAUAUCAUCCUCGGACUCUCAUCCACCGCGCUACUAUCCUAUCUAGUGAUUCUUCGCAGCUUCCGGGGCGUCCACUGCUUAAAUGCAACCUUCACCACCCCACCAUCCUCACUACCAUCUACCUCGCCAAUGAUAACAUAAACCGCGAGCUCUCAUUCUUAGAAAUCGUGCCUCGUAUUACAGCACAGGCCACCAAACGACAUUUUCGUCUGCAGGAAAAUAGCGCGUUCGUGUGUGGAAAGACGGUCUUUCCCUCUUUCACAUUUUCUUUGGCUAUCAACAUGUUUGGGUCGUUUUUACUCUUAGCGCUUGCGGUGCCUUUGAUUAUUUUACAGAACCUCCCUCCAAUACCCCAUUCCCGACCCACAACAGGAGCAUCAAUGCUAAGAGCCGCACUGACAAUGUCCUUGUAUUCCGUAGUGUUGGAGUUUGGAGCGGCGGUGUGUGGGGCAGCGUUGAGGAGGCAUCUGACGGCGUGGAAGGUAUUUGCGCCUAGGUGUUUGGGCGCUGUUUUUGAACUUUGUGUGUUUGAUUUUGGGGUGUCGGUUGGUGUCAGGAGGAUUGAGAGGGAGAUUAGGAGGGUUUUCAGGAAGGUUGGCUUUGUCAUGUUUAAUCGCAAGCACUGCAAUCCUAGUUUUUUGGGUGAUGCCACACCGCCUGUCGACGUUAAUCAGUUACUAAUCGAACGGUUGAGUCUAAGUCUCUUGGUAACAUCAACACCUCGUCUGAACUUCCGGCGCAAACGGAUGGUUGCCGAACGGGCACUAAAUCGUUUUGUCGCAUACAUCUCAUCGGAGAACGCACAAAACCUGGUACAUCUUGCUGUAGCUCUCAAGCACAAGACCUACUGGAGUGUUGCUAAACUGGAUAGUUCCGGGUAUGCCAGGGCUGGGUCUUGA